CAUCAGACGCACGCGCACCGCGUGAAACCGCGAUGCUAGUAACGUUAGCAAUUCCUAGCAUAGCAGAGCUCAGAGUAGCAAUGUGAUCACAUCAGAAUCAAAAUAGAGCCUUUCAACGUCGCUGUUUGUGUUGUUAGCUAAUGUUAUAUAACCAUACACGGUUAUGAUUAAGUAGAGUAACGAAAUAGCAACGUUUGUCAACCGGUUUCCAAUACAACAAACCAAUAUGGAUGCAGUGAACGCGUUCAACACGGAGUUGUUCUCCAUGAUUGACAUGAAGCCUCCAAUAUCCCGUGCUAAGAUGAUGUCUGUGACAAAAUCAGCCAUCAAAGCUAUCAAGCUUUACAAACAUGUUGUCCAAAUUGUUGAAAAGUUCAUCAAGAAGUGCAAGCCAGAACUAAAAGUCCCUGGUUUGUAUGUGGUGGACUCCAUUGUUCGACAGUCACGGCAUCAGUUUGGUGUUGACAAGGAUGUAUUUGCGGCAAGAUUCUUAAAGAACUUCACAGAUACCUUCCAAAACCUGUACUGUUGCCCAGAGGAUGAUAAGAGCAAAAUUAUUCGAGUCCUGAAUCUGUGGCAGAAGAAUGGUGUGUUCGACAUGGGCAUCAUUCAGCCUCUGAUGGAUAUGGCCAAUGGAGCUAUUGUACCUGCCCCUGCACUCGAAGUUAUUGCUGACGCCCAACCAGAGACACAGCUUCCUGUCACUAGUGCCUCGGUUGUCCCUGCUGUGCCUAAGGUACCCAGUCCUGAUGCCUUAGCUGCUGUGGCACAGCUUUUUCAGUCCCCGCAUGGUCAAGAGCUGCAGAGAAUGCUCCAGAACUUCCAGCAGGCAGAUAAGAACCUGACAGCCACCAUCGCAAACAACAUACCAAGCCCACCGCAGAUGCAUGUGGCCCAGCUCAACCCAUACAGUGCACACACUGAAAAGAAGAGCUCUUUAGCCGAGAAACUCCUUGACCGAUUUGACUAUGACGAUGAACCUGAGGAUUUAAUGGCUAAAGAAGGCCAGUCACAAGGCAUUCCUGAAAAUGUGUUUAACCAGUAUCCUGGUCAGAUGUCCAACGCAGAGAAUGUUCAUCCACACAUGACGGGACAGACUGGUGGCAUAGAGCACGGUGGAGGAACGAGCCAUGGUGAACAUCAUAUGAUGCUCGAUGGAUACCGUUCCUUAAAUGAGGCUUAUUCACACUCGCGGGGAAAUUCAAGAGAGGACUCCUCUACGAGGCGAGAGGGCAGACACAGAGGCUAUGGCAGAAGAUCAAGAUCCAGAUCUGGUUCAAGAUCUCCCAGGAGAAGAAGAUCAAGAUCUUCGUCCUGCUCGAAAAGAUCAAGGCAUCGACGCUCUCGCUCUAGGGAACAGCGCUGGAGAUCUCGCUCUCGUUCUCAGGACAGGAAUGAAAGAGAAAAGGACAGAGAACGCAGACAGAAAGGUCUUCCCAGCAUAAAGAGCCAGACACUCAGUGUUUGCAGCACUACACUUUGGGUUGGACAGCUAGACAAAAAAACUCAGCAGUCCGACGUGAUGUCCCUUUUGGAAGAGUUUGGCCAGAUUGAGUCCAUCAAUAUGAUUCCUCCGAGGGGUUGUGCCUACAUUGUUAUGGUUCACAGACAAGACGCUAAUACAGCCUUGAACAAACUCAGUAGGGGGUCAUACAAAGUCAAUCAGAAACCUGUUAAGAUUGCUUGGGCUUUGAACAAAGGUAUAAAAUCAGCGCACAAAAAGUUCUGGGAUGUGGAGCGAGGAGUUACCUACGUCCCCUGGAGCAAAGUCAAAGUGGAGGAGUUGGAGAGCUAUCGGGAAGGGGGUAUACUGGACGCAGAGACACUAAAUCCAGAGUGGAAUCAUGGCAAGGACCUCAAUAAGCAGGCAGCUGUAAAUGGAGCGCUGGAAAGUGUACCAGCAGAUGGAACCGUCACUGCUCACGUUCAGGUGCCACCGGUUCAACAGGCAGUACCCAUCAGGAGUCCACCUGCUUUUCCUGGCCCCAUCAUGCUGUCCCCUACAGCCAUGCCUCCAGGAGGAGCUCCUUUCCUCCCCACAGAGUUUGGCCCUACAAAGUUGGCACCAGCAGGAAGUGUAAAACAUCCAGAAGAGUCCCCCAAUGCUUCUAUAGGAGACAAAGGCACACCCUCAGAUUCGGGCAGCGACAACCACCUGGGGUCUCCUGGAGCACCGGUGAUGACCAUGCCAGGCCCAGGAGUCAUGCAGGGUCCCAGACCGGGUAUGCCACCUCUGCAGCCCCCUCCCGGCAUGCCGAAUCCUCAUCUAUCUCCAUUCCUCUCGCCUCCACACAUGCCACACCUGCCCCCGCAAAUGAUGCCCCGGGGACCCAUGUUCCCACCAGAUAGGUUCAGAAUGCCUAUGCACUUUCCUCCUCGUGGCCCUCCUUUCCAUCAACAUCCUUCUAUGGGACAUGAGGGCAUGGAUGGCAGAGAAGGGCGACAUUUCCGAAAUGGGAGGCCAGGGUUUGGGUGCCCACCCUUCCACAGAGGGAGAUGGUAGAGGUCAGCUGAGGAGAGAGGAUGCUGAAUCACUGUGACAAAUACUAAGUAGUAAGUAUCAGGACACCUGGUUCAACAAGGACUGCCGUGAAUGAUUGGAGGCGCAUAAACCUGUGUUCAGACUUUAUUUUACACCACCAGAACCUUGAAUGGAAAACAAGACACGGCGUUCUGAAUGUGGUCCACGCUCCUUCACACUCCCCAGAAAAGAGACUCUGCUGUAAAUACUGAAUGUGCUUGUAGCUGUUUGCUAUCUUUUUGUAUAUUUGAAGUUGUUUAGUUUAUGCUUAAGUUUAAUCUUAGUAGUUGGAGGCAAAAACAAAGGCAAAGUCUGUAUUUUUUAGCUUGUUCCCUCACCAGAGUUUUUGUGUAUGGAAGGAUACAGUAAAUAUCUUUAAAUCAUUAUAAUUCAUACCUUUUUGGUAUUUUGUUUUUAGUAAAAUGCCUUUGUAACACACUAAUGUUUAAUUCCUCACCAGAAAAGUUGGAUCUCAUUUGAAUCAGAAGAUUUCAUGUCCGGCCAGUAGAGGGUAGAGUAAACCCUGUUACCAUGGCCAACCUCUGUUGUACAUUAAGGUCACACCUUGUAGGAUCAUGUGCAGUGAAUAUUAAAAAGAGGUACAACCAUCUGA